UCGUGCGGACGACGUUGUACAUUAAAGCGAAAGCUUAGUUGUUUUCAGGAGUAAAAAAGUUGAUCUGCGGUUGACUGUUUUUGGAGUAGCACGCUUACUUGGAAAUUCACAAAGUGGUGGGAAAGUUGGGAGACAUGUAGAGACUUUUUGGUCGCCGGUAUUGUAGCUUGACGAUGGAGGAGCCAGCGAUAAGAGAGUUUGAGAUGUCUCUGUCAGACGGUCCCUCUGACGACGACGACGAAUUCCCGUCGACUUUACCCACAGAUGGCAGCCACAGUGGGAGCAUCCGCAAGGGCUGUGAUCCUUUGGCUCAGACUCAGCGCAGUAAGCUGCAGCAUCGACGGGCUCGCAUCAACCAGCAGAUCAACAAGGAGAUGCGUAUGAGAACUGGAGCGGAGAACCUGUUCAGGGCGACAACCAACAACAAGGUGAAGGAGACGGUGGCUCUAGAGCUCAGCUUUGUCAACUCCAACCUGCAGCUACUCAAAGAGGAGCUGGAGGAACUUAACAGCAGCAUGGAUGUCUACCAGACAGACAGUGAGGCUGUCAAUGUUCCAAUGAUCCCACUUGGCUUAAAAGAAACCAAAGAGGUGGAUGUCACUGUUGCUAUCAAGGACUUUAUAUGUGAGCACUAUGGGGAGGACAGCUUUCUCUAUGACAAGGAAAUCAAAGAGCUUAUGGAACUUAGACAGGCCAUGCGUACACCCAGUCGAAACCAGGCCGGUCUGGAGCUGCUAAUGGAGUACUACAAUCAGCUGUACUACCUGGAUCAACGCUUCUUCUCUGCUCAGAAGAAUCUGGGUGUUCAUUUCCACUGGUAUGACUCUUUGACUGGCGUUCCAUCGUGUCAGCGUGCGCUGGCCUUCGAGAAGGGAAGUGUGUUGUUCAACAUCGGAGCCCUGUACACGCAGAUCGGAGCACGACAGGACCGCUCUGCAACAGCUGGCAUAGACCGAGCUAUAGAUGCUUUUCAGCGCGCUGCAGGUGCAUUUAAUUAUCUUAAAGAGAAUUUUUCCAACGCUCCAAGUCUGGACAUGAGUAGUCCAUCACUCUGCAUGCUGGUGCGGCUCAUGCUUGCCCAGGUACAGGAGUGUGUGUUUGAGCGCAUCACCCUGACCACACAGGACACGCACUUUACCUCCCAGCUCCGGCUGGCACAGGAGGCUGCACGGGUGUCAGAUGUUUACUUGUUAGUGCAGCAGACUAUGACACAGCCUUUGAUGAAGGACUACGUACCAUUUUCAUGGGUGUCCAUGGUUCAGGUAAAAUCUGAACACUUCCGCGCUCUCUCCCACUACUACGCUGCUGUUGCACUCUGCGACCACAUGUUGUUGGCAGGAGGGGAAGAAGAGGAGGAGGAAGCUGAGAAGGCCUUUAUUCAGUGCCAUGCCAGUGUUCCUGCUGGGCCACAACUCAGCCAGGUUCUUCGAGAUCCUGAAAAAAGACGAAAACUUGGUAAGGCCCACCUGCGGCGUGCUGUAAUCAGACAUGAGGAGGCCAUGCGUGUCCACAGUCUGUGCAAGAUCCUGAGAAAGAUGGAUAUCCUGCAGGAUGUGCUCUCUGCCACACACAAACGUUCCCUGGACAAAUACUCAGAGCUCGACCGAGAGGACGACUUCGAUGAAAUUGCAGAGGCCCCAGAGAUACAGUCUCAUACCCACCAGAAACCAGACAUCAUUCCACCCAACUUCUCCACAGUCAAGGUUACUGAUAUCUUCCAAAGACUGGGUCCACUGUCAGUGUUCUGUGCGAGGGCUCGCUGGGGCCCGAUGCGUGUGAUCUGCCUGAAUAAGAGAGAAGGAGGACUGGGACUCACGCUCAGAGGAGACUCUCCUGUCCUGGUGGCUGGAGUGGUGCCUGGAGGCUGGGCAGAGGAGGCUGGACUGAGGGAAGGAGACUACAUAGUAGCAGUAGAUGGAAAGGACUGUAAGUGGGCCAAACAUGGUGAGGUGGUCCACAUGCUGAAGAGCUGCAGUGACAGAGGGGUGGAGAUCAGUGUGGUCACAUUACACUCACAUGAUACACAGCAGGUGGAGAGGAGGGCAGUUAUGCUGUCGCUGUGCAGCGACAAAGAAAACACUCGGCAUCGUCUGCUGUCUGGGGCUAAAGGCCAGAGCUCCGCCUCUUUGCUGAACUGGAACAGGAAGAAAAAGAGGGAAGGCAGCACGAUCACAAAAAGACUUGGAAGCGCUUUCAGUUUGUCAUUCGGAAGCAUCCGAGACACUGAGGCCAUGUACUAAGAGACGAAUUCAGAGGAAUCACUCAGGGAAUAGCAGCGGAGCACACGGUACAAGUACAGCAGACACAAAGAAACAGCCUCUCCUGAGUUUAGGAGGUAGGUGAUGAUGCAAAGCUGGAACAAAAGAAAAGAAAAAACAUGUAUAGUCAAGGAACAAGUGCUGUGCCAGGUUCUUCUUCACACUCCAGCAUAUCUGACAUCUUCGUCAGUUAAUCAUUGAAAUAUGAUGUUUAUUACUUUUACCCAUUGUACAAAAGUGAAUUUGAAGUAUCACAGAAUUGUGUCCUGGCAUCUUUCUAACAGCGACUGCGCAGUAGGUGAGUCGAUAGUGGAAAUAUGUCUGUAAUUUCUCACCUGAAGUCACUACUAUGAAGAAUCUGUUUGCAAAUGAGCAGCACAAUAUGGCACUGCCCACAUCCAAGAUACCAUGGCUUCACUUUUUGGGACUGUCUACAUUGUACAGGCCUUGAACAGUGUCCCCAGUUCCUACACUGGGGUAACCUGACUUUGAAUUUAAAUUGUAUGUUUAGGAAGAAUGUGGUGGCAAUGUAUAUAAAGUCAAAAUGUGUGAGUAAAUAGAUGCAAAUUUUCCACAGGGCCUAGCAAAGUUACAUUUGUAGAAUUUCAAUGAGCUUUAUGUCAUAUAAGUGCAGUAGCUACAAAAAUAAAAGCACAAAAGUAUAAAGGGAGCAAAAUAACAGAACUGAGGCUUCUUCUUAAUUAAUUUCAAGGCUUUACAAACAUACAUGCUUGCUGUGUUGAAGCUGACAGCUGUACAGUACCCUUCUUUAUGGACACACUUUAAGUGUUAAAAGUGACUCUGGUCUGUUUUGUUGAUACCAACAAAGGAUCACCCACACAGCCCAUUUUGUUGUCUUGGUUUCCUCUGUGAGACAGGGUGCCACAGACUUUGAUAAUAUACCUGUUUUCACACACAACCUGCAGGCAUAAGAUUUUUUAAUAAAUCAGUAGAAAGAAUUGCACGUGAGAAUGUAAAGUCUAACACUAGACAUUAACUAAAUCAGACAUGUAAUGCUUUUUACCCUGUUGGCGCUCCACUAUGGAGAUUAUGUCACAGUGUGACAUUUGUUCAGGUGGCUGUCCAGUAAAUUCACAUAGAGUGAGUGAGUGGAUGUUAUCAAUCAGAAUAUUUCUAGCAGUAUGAACAAAUCUGAAGCAAACUGCUAUGAAAAAAGGGAAACUGUGGGAUGGUUCAAGCAUGAUUUUCCUCAAUUGUUUGGAAUUGUUUGAAAACAAAUACAUUUUACUGAACUUUACUGAACUUUCAGCAAACAACUAUGAUCAACAUCCCCUUCUAGUUAAUAAAUGCAAGGUUAACAGUGUUAGCAGAGCCCAUUGUUCAAGCACUGUACAAUUCUGCCUGAUACAGCUGGCAAAGUUAUUUGGUAAGAAUAAAGAAAAAAACAGCUUCUGUCAGAGUGUAGUGGUUUACACAAAUUACUUUGUGGUUGCAUCAGAAGAGAUAUCUGGUGUAAAAACCUGCCAAUGUGGUGCUACCCACUGUGAUGAUCCCUUGUAAAUACAGCUGAAAGUAGCUUCUCUAAAUGUUAAUAUUUGUUGAAGAAGAUAGAGCAGAAUUAGCAAGGAAGUACAAAAUUUCUUGUACUGUAUUCUUGAUGGGACCGAAUAGACCAGCAGUCACCUGUGAUUAACCACUGAAGGCCUCCAACGGUUAAUCUGUUCACUUCUGACAGAAAGCACAUUCAGCUUUUAAUAGAUUAGGAUUAAUUCAGACAGUCAGUUCAACCUGGAUUUAUUACUAAAAGUGUCAUGUUGGAAUUAAUCCUUAGAUCAUUUUUUUAUGUUUAGUUUUAUCAUUUCUAGGUGACUAAAACACUUGAACUUUGCUCUGUUUUCUAAUGUAGUUUUAGUAUUUUGAAUGCACUGUGACAAAUAUUUUGUAAAUGUAGUUUCAGGUUUUACAAUAAUGCCUAUGAUGUACUCACAUUGAGAGGAUGUGUGUUUGGAUGUCAAAUGUGAUAAAGAGCAAUCAUGUAGGAAAAGCAUGACAUGAGGUGUGAUUACACCAAAGUCCACUGUGUUUAACAAUGUCCAGCCACUGUACUGUAUGUUAGAAACAGCCAAUGUUGCAUCUGUAGUUGUAAGAGCUGUAUUGAGAAAAUGUUUCUUUCUUUAAAUCAAUGCUGUUUGAACGUUUUGUAAAAUUUUGAUACAACUUGAAGUAGCAUUUUUUUCCAGCUUAAAAUGAAUGUUAUUUGAGUUUGUCGUGUUCACUGUGACAUGGCGGUCCAUAGUCAUGAGUGUGGAAAGCAUGAGGGGACAAGAGCAAAAAUUAGUGUUUAUCUGGGUCUUGUUUCGUCUAAAAAAUCUUAAAUAUAGUUUUAAAAGGUCUGACAACUUCUUUCACAAUGAUGAUAUUCACAUUCCUUUGAAAAUGACCAACUUUUGUGCCACUUUUGACAGUAAGAAGACUAUUUGAGAUGCGAUACCAUGAUUCGUGCAUCCACCAGAGUAUGAAAGAAAACACUUAAGCAUAGAAAAAAUUGCUUGUAUGAAUAGACGUGAACGAGGUACGUUGUAUAAAGCACUUUGAUUGCUCAGCUAUAGUAGAAAAGCACUAUAUAACAACCAGUCCAUUUAACAUUUACUUUUCUCCACUUGUGUUAGCAUAGAGAUGCUAAUUUCUUUCCUCUGUUCGCUAACAUCAACUACUCCAGUUUCUGGAACUGAGAUGACAGUUUCAUUUUCUCCAUCCUGUGUUUGAAUAUUCUUGAUAACCCGUUUCUGACCCGAGGCUGCCAGAUAAUCUUUCCUUCAUCCUGCUUUUGAAACAUUUUUUAAUUCCCUGUUGAGACACUGAGUUACCAAAUAUGCUUCUCUACAUCCUAUUUUUUCCAUUACAUUUCAGUUCACAUUGUCAGCAGGUUUCCAGAUACACUUUCCCUAUUCUACUUGUUAUAUUUGUCUGCUUAAUUUGUAUUUGUUGAGGAUUCUCCUGUGCUGUCUUUAGCCCCAAUAAAAUUUAGCAAUUACAUGUUAUGAAAUAUAGCAUGUACUGUCUUCUGAAAGGACAAUAUAUAUUACUACUGUAUGGGAUAUACUCACACCCCUUAUCAGUUCAGGUGCUGUAGGAAACUGGUUCAAAUGAAAGAAUGUUGCUACAAUCCAGCACCUGAUUUCAGCUCUUUGUUUUCACAGCUUAAGCAAGGCCAGUGUACAUCUAGGCCACGACUUUCUUCCAUCUUCCUUCACUUGAAUGCUAAAUCUUUGUCAGAAAGUAUUACUCAGUGGUCUUAUCAUUGCAUUUCCGUUCUCUGCAAGCAUUGUUGCAUGCAGUUAUGUGGUCAAGUGUGUUUGAUCAGUAGUGCUCUGACUACAAAUGGAAACCAGAUGGGAUUUUCUGCAGUAUGAGAUCUUGUUCCUUUCCUUCAGAUUACACAUUUAUAUGCAGGAAAUGCAGAUUGCUCCUCAAGCAGUCUACCUAUUGUUGAUGAACCGCUGCUGCGCGGCUUUGGUUUACUUGCACCCAAUGUUGAUAAGUUAAACUUCUGAUGCUUUCAAAUCCAUAACACCCUGUUUCUUAGGGAUCAAGCCAUUUCAGACAGAAACCACUGAGAAACGUGACCACACAGCUCUUACUGGAUCAUUUCCACAGUUGCCCAACAGCACAAUUACGUUGACACCCUUUGCCAGCUUCAAUGGCAGUUUUUAGGGCCAGCUGCGCUUUCAGCACAACACUUAGCACUGCACACAUGCGAAUCCAGCCAGUUUUGGCGGUUUUAUGGCAGAAUGCGGUUCUACACCAAACGACCCAAGUUCAGUCAGAAAAGUUUCUUCUAGCCAACAUCAGCUGUUUUCAAAUUUGUUCGGUAGUAAUAGUGGCUCUUUUCCAGAGGCAUAAAUCAUCAAGAGAUCCAUUUUCAUUCACGUAGACAACCCAACCUUGUUUGACAUAACCAUCUUAGACAGAAGCAACUGCUGUCUUUGACUUAACAUGACUAGAUUUAGAAAUUUGGUUCAUUUCAUCCCAAACCUGCUUUUCUGAAUUUUCAGUCACUCCCUAUUCAUGUGAAUUAAAAUGUGUACCAUCAAAGUGUCACUACUCAUUACAAGCCUUCAACAUUAGAUUCAUUUCUCUCACUGUCUACAUUUAACUUCCGAUCCCCGAUCCUAAAGCGUCAUUAGCAUUUAGUCGGUAUACAAUCACAGCCACCCCGUGCAAAUCCAUUCUGCUUUCUUUGGGGAUCUGCCAGGGCCAGAAGCCACUGCUGACUGUUGAAGAGGCGCUGGCCUAACCUAUUGUUUCGUUUGGAGUUAGUAAAAAUUGAGAUUAAGUUAAUAGAAAUUCAUUUUUUUCCUUGUCUGUACUUUUUUGUGUGAUUAUUAAGUAAGUCUUAAAUUGGCUUCAUAAUUGUGUUUACAGCUCCCAGCUUAAAUUUAAGGUGUUGCAGCUUGCAGACGCACUGCAUUAUUUUGCAAUGACAUAGAUUUAUGUCUGUUGGCUAUGUGUUUCUAUCACUACAAAAACUUUGUUUAUGGCAUUAGAAAAAUAGAUUUGAACUCUUUGAAAAUACUUUUUAAAUCUUUUUAUUGUGAUUAGACUCAAAUACUUUUUUUGUUAUGUCCUCUCUGGCUUUCCGUGUGUGUGUGUGUGUGCAUUUGAGUAAAUGCUUGGCAUUGACUGUUUUUAAGAGAAAUGAAUUUGUGUUUUUGCCUGAAUAUGUGACCAUCCCUAAUAUUGCAUUUGGGGAUUUGCACAGUACUUUUUUCCUUAAAUAAAUACAAUAAAAGUGAAUAAUGA